UAACUGACUUAAUUGUAGUCGAUGCAGACUAAAUCUAGCCAGGGAAAUGUGGUGGGAAAAUGUUUGUCCUUAAACCCAAAGUGAUUCUGCGACAUGUGCAGGAGGGAGAGGAGAUUCUUUGGAUGAAAAGUGAUUUGAACACCAUUGAUGGAGCUCAGACUAAUGACCCUGCAACUACCCUUGUCAGGAAAAGCCACUUGGUACAACAAAUCCAUCAGUACUUUGGAAGUCUGGAGCCAAGAAAAUGUUGCCUAGCGUUGUCAGGGUGUAAAACCUCCUUCAGUAAUGUCAGACUUGUGAGGAAUGAUGGGAGGGAUUCUGGGAUUGAGGAAGGUGCUAUGAUUCGGUCUCCAGUAGAUGUAACUGAGACCAUUAAGGAACUCAAUGCACAGGCAAAGAGAGUAUUUAUGAGGGCAUACCUAUGUGCAUCCUAUCCUGUUUUGUGUGCCCCGGAACCCCCCUCACCUUUAUCCCCUCCCCCUGUAGCCUCCCAAAGCAGCAAAAAGUUUCAGUAUACAGGUCAGCUGACUAUUGCACGACCUCCAACCCCAGAUGACAGUGGUCUAGAGGAGGAUAUGUCAGUCGUUCCUGCAGACACACUGUUUGAGCUCCUAAGAAGAACUUUUCAUUUGAGCCAGGAUAAAUUCCACCAGUAUGAGCACCAGAUUUAUAGACAGCACCAGAAGAAAGAGCCAAGUAGGAUCUUAGCUGAGGAACUUGUGGGACAGUUAGCUCUGCUGGAAAAUGGUCUGAAUCCGUACUAUAAUCCAGAAGCAUUUAUGUCACCCUAUGGAUAUGAAUCUUGGCAGAGGAAGGAAUUUUCACACAUUGCUGAGUUGUUGAAGAAAUUUUGGCACACUGCCUAUCCACCAUUAGCUAAUAACUAUAAACAGAACCACAGGGGAAUCCUGGAAGAUUACAAGACACUCUUGUCUAAACUUCUCAGAUAUGAGUCUCCAUAUAGAGUAGAAGGAGAGUUACUUGCCCCUGGACUUUCAUGUCUUCUGUCAUCUGCAUCUGUUAGAUUACUGAGAGAAUUUGGACUCAGAUAUGGCAUUAGAGAUAUUUACAGAAAGUUGGUUUAUCUACAAUACCUGACUGGUCACUUUGUGCCAUCGGCUUGGUUUAUUCAGCAUGCUUGUACUACACUGUCCUCAGUUCUGGACAUGCUGCCAACAUCUGGGGCCAGUAAUGUACUACUAAAAACCGAGUAUGAUAUACUGGAGAAGAGUUUAGAAGCUAUAGAGAAGCUGUGUUACUCCAAUCUCUGUAAGAUGAAGAGUUUGUUCCCUAACAACAGACCUGCUGAUGGCUUAGACUCUUUAAUUUAUUUGGUAACUUUGACUCGGAGAGGCUAUGAGUAUCUUCGUGACAAGAAAGUGCUGAGUGUUGAAGCCGUCCUGAAAAACUGUGUACAGAGCAUUUUUCCAGUAUGCUAUGAGGAGCAUAAGAUUGUAGCAAUAAAGGAUUUACAUCAGAAAGGGACAGGACUUUCACCAACACUGAUGAACAAAAUGAUCUUUAAGAUCAGGGAUGAAGUGCAGGAUUACAGAAGUCACUACCAGGCAACAUUUGAGAAAUAUUUCAACAUAACAUUGAUGGCUGCCCAAAGCCUGUACAACCUGCUAAUGAGGGAUGUAGAGACAGUUUGUCAAAAUCAGCCGCGGACUGGCAACAUAGACAAGUGCAUGCUGGGAUUGGCUUACAGACUGGAUCAACUAGACAUUUCCUGGAUCGCCUUCAUCUCAGAGGAGCAACAAACUUGGAGAACUUGGUUUGAAAAAGAGCAAGUUCACUGGACUGAAUUUCUCACACUGAAACUCAACAAAUUUACUCAGGAGGCAGUGUCAAAAGACAAGUUUGAGGGAGCAAUAGUUGAGGAUGUUGAUAAUAUCAUUGAGACUCCAUCAAGUUCUCUAGUGGGACAAAGGAUCCGAUCCGUAUCCAGUAAGUCCAUUACGCCAUCCCUCAAUAGUGCUUUCAGUGGUAUGGUGUCCAGCUCUCUCCAUUCCACUCCACUCCACAACCAUUUUACACCAGGCCACAGACAGGAUUCAAAAGGAAAACAAGCAGAUUCUAAACAAAUCAAAGAAUCUUCAGGCAAACCAGGUUCCUGGUUCAGUAGUAAAAUGAAUAUCUCCUCCUCAGCGCCUGGUCCAUUUGGGGACACCCAGUCUCUUUGUGAGUUUUCUGAGGAAGAGGAGGGAGAGAUUAUGACAUUUUCUAACCUCCGACACAGUUCAUCUGUACCAGAGAUGCUGAGUAAGAGUUAUGACCAUCAUCUUGGUGUAACAAGACCCAGUUUAAAAUUUCCAAAUUUGAAAAGUGAUGAAAUUAGGUCGGAAAACUUCACGAAGGUUUUGGAAAUACAUAGUCCAUUAAAAUUUCCACCGGAUAGUAACCAUGAAACAAGUGACAAAAGUGAAUUAUCCGACCACCUGAAACAGGAUGAUGAAAUUGUUAAUAUUAUCAAAGGUGAUUUUUCAAUGAAAACCAGCAAUAAAUCUGAUAGAGUAUUUAAACAAGAAGGAACAACAGAUUGGCUUGAACAUCAGCCCACAGAAGAAAGUGCAGGUAACAAAACUGAAGUAACCCCCACAAACGAUUGUCAUCAACAACUGCUGAGUGAAAAUGCUAUGCCAGUUGGUAACAGUUACCUUGGUGACAGGGGAGAUGGAGAUCAGGAUUCAUUAGCGGGGGAAUUCACUCAGUCUCUGGAGGAGGAGGAGAGGGAGGGGGACCAGGAGUCCAUGUCCAGCACACAGGACUCUCCUGUACAAAAUUUUGAUUUCCCACCCAUGGUUGAGGUUGUUACUCUGGACAGUGAAAAAUUAAUUGAAAAUGACCCAAUUCAUAAAGCAGAUAUUGUAAAUUCAAGACAGCAUGUUCUUGAACAGUGUGAUGUUUCAUUGUCUACUAAAGAGAGCAAAGAUCCUGGAUCCUCCUCUGAAGUAGAGAAUUCCUCCCCUGAGAAUCAUACCUUGUCAUCCGAUAUUCAUGUUUCCUUAAGUCCUCUAAAGUCGGCUUACAUUCCAGUGUCUAGUUCCCUGUUUGAUGUGCUGGUUCUCCUUCAGCGGACUAUUGGCUUCAGUAAAACACUUUGUAAGACAUUCUACAAAUCCAAUCAUAGAACAUCCGACUUUGAAAGUUCUUUUUCCUCCUCCACAUCAAUUAGCAGCUGUUUUAGUGGUGAAAUCAGGAAAAAACUAUACACAAGAUUUAAUGAGGUGGUGUGUUGUUUACUGAUGGAUUAUGCAGACAAUAUUCUGUGUUUGGAUCUCUGUGGUACCACUUGUAACGAGGGAAUAAGACUGGUUGGAGCAGAGAUGGUGAGACACCUUCAGAAGUGUAAACAGUCCAAUAAGAUCUGGGGAUGUCGACAUCAGAUAGAGGGCACCACUGACUGCUUCCAAUAUGUCAACAAACGGACAGACAUGUUGUGUGAUCGAUACGAACCUAUCUCUCAGGCUAUGUGUGUCCGUAUGAAUAUUGUGUCUUCUCUCUUGUCUUUUCAUGGAGUUUUCCACAAGAAAUUGGCCUCAGUUUUUAAUUAUGAGUGGAGCCAUGUUUCUCCUGCAGAAUUCUAUGACCUCCCUGAAGGCACUGGUGAAUAUUCUAUGGAGGCAUGCAAAAUUCACUUCCAAACUGUUGUGAGGUCUUUGGCAAGACUUCUAGCAUAUCGAUUGAAUUUGUUUGUGUACAAUGCCAUGAUAAUGUUCCUGAGCCUGAGGGAUACGAGACGUUCAGUGGCCACUAACCUUGCUCCUCUAUCACAGUUCCUCAGCUCCUACAUUGACCUCCUCAACCAAUGGCUCUAUAUAGACAACUUCCAUAUUGUCAUGGAAAAUUUGUGGAUUUUCAUUGUGCAGAAUUUUGAGAAAGAAGUUGAGAAGUUGGCCUAUAGUGAAAACUCUUUGGAAGAAGCCAAACAUUUAGUACAGGCCUUUACUAUUUUGCUGAAGUUAAUGUCUAAUAAAGAUACAGGAAUUCAUCGGAAUCUCUUGUUGUCACAGGCUGAGCCUGUAAUGUUUAAGCUACAGAUUUAUACAACAGCUAGCCAUCAGCUGAUCCAGUUGUAUGAAAAACUUAUGGAACAUUACUAUGGGUCUGACACUAUUAGUAUCUGUACCAUUGAUGGUACAGUAAAGACUAUUCUCCACAGAAUCAGAGAGGAUCUGCUUGUCUACAGGAAGUGCUUCAGUGGUGCCCAUCUGGUCUCCUGGAUUACACACCACCCAGAACUCUUCUAUCAGUUUGAUCCUGAUUUGGAGAAUACAAACAGCAGUAAAGAGAAGAGAUGGACAGCUAUAUCUAUAGCGGAGUCACUCCUCAGGGCUGGAGUUAUUGUAGAUAUGGAUGCCAAUGAUGAGACAGAUUCUGAGGAAGAAGAUGAUGCAACUGAUUUUCCAGAAAUCAGCAUUACUGGUGGAAAUGGAACAUCUUUUUCAUGUGAUGGGAAUAUUUCUUGUAAUAACACCCCAAGAGCAACACCCAUACCACAUCCUGACCAAGAAGAAAACCAAAGACCCACUUGUUCCAAAAAAAAAUCACAUUAUCUGAGUCUUCAUUCUCAUUUAAGAGGAACACCUGUACUUCAGCAUAGCCAAAGGCUACAUGAUCCCCAUUCAAGCCCCAUGAUACAUCAAAGUUUAAAACAAUCUGAAACAGUCACAGCUAAUGUAGAGCAAAAUGUCCAGUCUGAAACCGUUAGGUCCACUUUACAUCAGAGCCUCAGGGCACAUGGUCUGAACUCCCCUGUGAAAUUGACCCAGUCUCUUAAAGUUCAGAGAAACCCAAGCUAUCAUGCUCCCCAAACAUGCAAAGGUAAUCUAUCUACUCAAAAAGCCAAAGAAACUGAAUUGAUAAACAGUCAGAGAGAACAAAUAACAAGGGAUUGUAAUAUCCAGAAAGAUGAUGAUAGACCUUGUACAUCUGGUGAAGCCAAAAAUAAUCCAGAAUCCAGACCAGAGACACAAACUGAAUUGGAUUAUCAGGAUAUUAAGGGGUGGAGUAUUCCUUACUGUGCCACACCAAAUUUGAAUGAGAGUUUGUUGAACAGUUCAUUCCAUGAAAGUGAAUUCUUAUUCGAGGACAGUCGCAGAAAGUAUUAUCGUAUUGCUAGUUUUACAGACAGUCUUAAUCCAAGCAGCUCCCCCAGCUCAGAGGAACUCAACAACCUAGUCGAGAAAUGUUUUGAAAUUAAAAUUGUUCCUGAUUUUGUGUUCCGUAUCUUGUUGAGUAGGAAACACUUUGAUGAUGUUGCUCAGAAUUAUGUUGAUAAACAUAUGAGAGGAGAGAGGGGGGAUUUGACAUGUGAAGUCAGUUAAAUAUUUUCCUGGAUAGAUUUUUUAAAAUAUUUGAAUCCACUUAUGUUUUCCUGACUUGCCUUUUGUCCCUGUGCAAUAUGUUAUAGUCUUUCAUAAUUAUUUUUUACAUGAUUUACUUUAAAUUUGUAUAUUUUAAUCAGAAUCAUUCCAUUUUUUUUGUUUUAUUUUGUUUUAUAUGUGAUCAAUAUUGUAUGAAUUUAUGAUGGCUUCAUUUCAUGAACAAGUAUGGAAUAAAAGGUCUGUUGUCUUACACAAAAGUGAUAACCCUGUGUAAGUUUGUAGACUAGAGGUCUAUGAUGAGACUGUAGGUUUGUUGAUCUAAACAAAGUUGAGUGGUGCAGUUGUACAAUGUUUGUUUAACAUCUUCCAUCAUUUUGAAUGCAAAAUAUAAUGGUAAAUGAAAAACUUGACACAACAUGUUAAAACAAAGAGAAUAUUUUAUCUUUUAAUACCAAUGUUUACAAAACACCAAAACUGAAUUUAGGUAUCAACUAGAAGUUUGUUAUAUGUAUUUUGAAGUAGUCUAUGUUGUAACAUGCUUCACUCAAAUUAGACAAAAAUAGUAGGAGGAGUUGUGUUAUGAAGACAUAAUUUAAUUAAUAGGUUCAUCAAUUUUAAGUAACCAUUUUUAUGAAAAGGAACCAAAAUGCCAGUUUACUCAUGCAAUGAAAAUUAAUCAUAUAAGAUUUUUUUUGUGAAAAGGAGCAAUUGCUGUAUACGAUAUAUAUAAAAGGAGAGGUAUUAGGUGCAUAUUAUUCCUUGUUUUAAAUAAAUUAAGGAUACAUUUUUAUUUUUAAUGAUACAGUUAAGAAGAUCAUGGACCAUUUAUGUAAUGUAAUUUUCACAAGAAGUAAGACUUAAUUAAUUGUAACUAAAAUAAUAUUUUUUUUUAUUUACAGUUAAUGAUAGCAUUCAUUCUUUUAAACUUUGG